GGUUUGGGAAUUUCCGUAUUUUAGAAAUAGACCUCAACACAAGAGAGCAGUGUAGAGUCAUCAUCAUCAUCAGUCAGUGAGAGAGGCAUGAAACAUCCAAACAUCAUAACAUUCACACCUGGAUCCACCAGAAACAUGUCAGGUAACACCGAGCCGUCCACGCUCCUCUUCGACGUGCCGCCGGUGCUCAUGGAGAGCUUCUGUAGACUGAUGGACAGCGGGGUCGACGGGCUGGGAUGGAGAACUUUAGCGUCUCGCAUUCUUUCCAGCCAGCUGGAGGUGAGAUGUAUUGAAAUGUACGCAGUUGCUGGGAAAAGUCCGACCAAAGAGCUGAUGUGGUCGUGGGCCCAGCGGAAUAAAACUGUAGAGGAUCUGCUGAAGGUUCUGGAUGAGAUGGGUCACGCGCGAGCCAGGAGUCUUUUUCAAUCGCAAGAUUCAUGUGUGCUGAAGUCGUCUUCACCACCUCACUAUCCCACGUAUCUACGAAGUACUGGGAAAUCCUGUCAAGUAUCAGAUCUACAUGCAGAGUCUGUUUCUGUUGAAGGUGAAAAACAGAAGUGUUUCAUCACAUAUUUUGACGUCAUUGAGGGAACCAGGCAUUUCCACCAGGACUUAAAAAUCGGAGGCAGUGGAUUUGCUGAGGUCUACUGUGGACGAUGGGGAAACAGAUCUUUUGCUGUGAAAGUUUUCAAACAGGAAAAUAAAACUGACUGGAAGGCACUGUGGGAAAAAUUCACCAAGGAAAUUGAAGUUCUCCAACUCAACCAGCAUCCUAACAUCUUAGAGUUAUGGGGGAGCUUUUCAGAUUCGGAUCGCUUCUGUUUGGUUUACCCGUUCCUUCAAAAUGGAUCAUUAUUCCACAGACUUCAUGAGCACGUUGACAAGCCUCUAUCUUGGCAAGAACGGCUGAAUAUUAUCAAAGGCACGGCGAAGGCAGUCCAUCAUCUACACACUUCACAACCGUGCACUGUUAUAUGUGGAAACAUCACAAGUUCAAACAUUCUCCUGGAUGAAAACAUGCAGCCUAAAUUGUGCGAUUUUGGAUUAGCUCGCCUGCGGCCACACUCUGUUGACCAGAGCUGCACUAUUGUCAUGAAUACUGCUCUACAUAGUAAUCUAGGCUAUCUUCCAGAGGAGUACAUUCGAGAUGGAAAGCUGUCAGUCAAACUUGAUGUUUACAGUCUUGGUGUGGUUAUAUUGGAAACAUGUACAGGGCAAAAGGUUAAACAAGAGUCCUCAAAAAACUUGUUUUUGAGAGAUGUACUGCAUUCAGAGGUAGAAGAAAAAGGCUGCGUGGAUGCCUGUCUGCGGUUUUUAGAUCUUAAAUUUGAGCACUGGCCUCCUGCUGUGGCUCUUUGUCUGCUGCGACUCGGACUUGAGUGCACAGGCAGCAAAAUGCGAGUCAGGCCAGACAUGGAAAUGGUGCUUCAGAGACUAAUCCCUCUUCAUCCCUUGCCUGCAUUCUCCGAGGACCAACCUCACACUCUGGAUGACACCAUCCCUCCUCAGCGACCAUACAAAAGCUUUCCUAUUGAAGACGAUGAAAUGCACAGCCAGCUGGAGGAACUGCAUUCUCCAAGAGUUUCCAAACCGGCAGAUCCAUGUGAAUGCAGCCAGUCUGAAGUCACUUUCUUGAGUAAUGAAGAUCGCAGCUUCCUUAGAGAUUGUCAUCAGGAAAGUGACCAAAGGGUGUCAUCAUCAGAAAGUGUGCAUUCAGACUCUGCAGCUCGUCUGGAUUUGUAUGGCAGUUGGCCGGUGGAGUGCAGCUGUAGCACUGAAACCGAAGCGCAGGCUUGUGCCGACUGCUGCGCUAAUGGAUUCAGUCAGUCGGUUGUAUAUGUCACUAUAGAUGAUGAUAAUGCCUUGCCUGCUCCGAAUGAUGCCAGGAAUCCGGCAAAAGAAAAAAUGAAGAAUAAAAUUCACCUGUACAAUCAGGGCUUAAUAAAAACUGAAGAACUUCUUUCACUUCAGUCAGAGUGAUUCACCUGGAUCAGAUGGAUAUUUAUAAAGAUUUAAUACUGGAGCAGUUCUAUUAAUUUUGUUGUUGUUACUGUUGUCGAUUGUCCUGUAUUAAAUAUUUUAUAUGUAUCUGCUUUUAAAGUAAAGCUGUAUUUAAUAUAAAACCUGAUGUAUAAAGCAGAAAUGUAAGGUCACUUUACUAAAAGGUUUAAUUUAAUGUAAUCUAACUAUAUUUAACAUAAACUGUAAUGUAAUGUGUAUUUAUACAGUGCAUUUACCGGGGGGAGAGGGGGGGGGUCUCCAUACCACCACCAGUGUGCAGCAUCUACUUGGAGGAUGUGACGGCAGCCACAGGACAGUGCGCUCACCCAACACUAGCUAUAAGGGGAAUGACUAUAGGGAUGUAGCUAUAGGAAACGAACAAUGAUAAAUAUGUUUACAUUUUCAUUGUUUUUAAACGUUACAAAAAUUGAUAAAUGCUUUAAAAAUGAUUGCUAAUGAUCUGCUAUUAACUAAUUGUAAGCAUUCCCUAUAUAAAUGAAAAAAAUGAAAAAAAUUAAGAAUAAAAAAUGACCUGUGCAAUCAGGGGUUAUUAAAAACUGAAGAACUUA